AUGAAUUUCCAUACCUUGAUCGCCAAAAAUGGCGGCCGGACGACGGAGAACGAAGCCGGCGAAUUUUCUGUCAAAACCGGAGCUUUUCUCCUCGUUUUCCGGCGAAACCUCGACGGCCGACGGCGAGACCUGGCUGGGGUAGGAAGAGGACGGCGGCCCGGUCAUUUUGGUACCGGCCCCGUCGACUUUGGUGGCCGGACGAGCGAACGGCCGGCCAAAACGUGGUCGGCCAUGGUGGCUGUCGCGAACCAGAGGAGAGAGAGAGCGACGCGCGGGAGAGAGAGAGUGUGUGAGAGACGGGGGCAAUUCCGUCUUUUAACCAAAAAUCCAUUUCCAAAUAUUUACGAUUAUGCCACUGAGCUUCUUUUGAUCAUAUCUCUCUCGUUACAACUCCGAUUCGAGCCCACUACGUGUCUAUGA